CUAUAUGAAGAUUAUACCGAGUGGCAUAGGGAGGAUAUGGUCAGAGGAAAGAGAUACAAGGAUGGAUCAUGGUGUACAGUCUCUACUGAGCAUCAUUUAGUCUCGAUAUUGUUGAUUGGAAACAAACUUCACGUUCCAUGUAGUUCUGGACUGUAUUUUCGUCAUCGGAGCUUUCGUUUUUAGCUUGUGAAGGAACCGAUGGCAACUCCGGGGUUGAUUGAGGGGCAACCGCCCCUCCUCCUCCUCGUCCGGAACGAGCCAAAUAAAUACCCCGAUCCCCUCCUUCCCUCUCUCCUCCUCCCCCGUCCCAUCAACUCCCCUUCUCUCCAGCUCCCUUCUUCAUUCUUCCAUACACCAUCUCUCAUCAUGGUCAAGGCUGUUGUUCUCGGUGCCUCUGGCGGCAUUGGCCAGCCUCUCUCUCUCCUGCUCAAGGCCUCCCCUCUGGUUGACGAGCUCGCCCUCUACGAUGUCGUCAACACUCCCGGUGUCGCGGCUGACCUGUCCCACAUCUCUUCCGUUGCCAAAAUCACCGGCUACCUCCCCAAGGAUGAUGGCCUGAAGCACGCCCUCACUGGCGCUGACAUCGUCGUUAUCCCCGCUGGCAUUCCCCGUAAGCCCGGCAUGACCCGUGACGACCUCUUCAAGAUCAAUGCCGGCAUUGUCCGUGACCUGGUCAAGGGUAUCGCCGAGUUCUCCCCCAAGGCCUUCAUCCUGGUCAUCUCCAACCCCGUCAACUCUACCGUCCCCAUUGCCGCCGAGGUCCUCAAGGCCGCCGGUGUCUUCAACCCCCAGCGCCUCUUCGGUGUCACCACUCUGGAUGUCGUUCGUGCCGAGACCUUCACCCAGGAGUUCUCCGGUCUGUCCGACCCCUCCAAGGCUACCGUCCCCGUCAUCGGUGGUCACUCCGGCGAGACCAUCGUUCCCUUGUUCAGCAAGGUCUCCCCCGACUUCAAGAUCCCCGCUGACCGCUAUGAUGCUCUUGUCAACCGCGUUCAGUUCGGUGGUGAUGAGGUUGUCAAGGCCAAGGACGGUGCCGGUUCCGCCACUCUGUCCAUGGCUUUCGCCGGUUUCCGUUUCGCCGAGGCUGUGAUCAAGGCCGCGAAGGGCGAGAAGGGCAUUGUCGAGCCCACCUACGUCUACCUGCCCGGUGUUCCCGGUGGUGAGGAGAUCGUCAAGGCCACUGGCGUUGAGUUCUUCUCCACUCCCGUUGAGCUUGGCCCCAACGGUGCCGAGAAGGCCACCAACAUCCUCGGUGGUGUCACCGAGCAGGAGAAGGCCCUCCUCGAGGCUUGCAUCAAGGGCCUCAAGACCAACAUCGAGAAGGGUGUUGAGUUUGUCAAGAACCCCCCACCAAAGCUUUAAGUGCGCGGGAAUGAGAUUACGAACGACCAGCGGAGACGAAUGAAAGAUUUCUCAGUCGAGCGACACGGUAUUCCACAGAUAAUGAAAGCCAUGCGCAAUAAAGAAUUAAGAUUAUCCAUUUCAAGCCUUGAUCCUCGUAAGAUUUCCCUCCAUAGAGUUCUUUUCUGCGUACCCCACGGCCGAAGAGGCUCUCCAGCGUGAUGGAGCGGGUGUCCUGGACCUGAGCGGGACUCUUGUCGGGUCCUGCCGGCAGGAGAGCCCAGCUUUUGACAAGUAUCGUAAAGUUGCCGAUGGAGCGAUGCAAGUCCGCGACGUCGUGGUCCAGGCCUGCCUAGACAUUACGUGAUUCCCGGGUACUCUGGCGCUGGCUCCAGCCCCGGCUUUCCUAGUUCCAUUUCCAAUGCGAGUUCAAGGCCGAGCCGGCACCGUCUUGAUUUGAAACGUUGCCCCUGGAAGCUCGGAUGUCUCCGCCUGUACGGUUGUAUUGAUGCCCAGGUUGGCGAGAGCACCCCGGAUGAUACCGCAAGGAAACCACAGG